ACUCCUGUUUCAUCACCGACCGAGCACUCGUCAUUUAGCCGCCGCCUUGGCAGUAGUCCGCCUGCCAGCCUCGUCUGCCCUCUCUCCAGUUCUCAACCUCAAACUUACAAUACUUCACUCAGUCCAGCUUUACCCGGAUUGUGCCGUCCCGGUGAUCUCUUUACCAACGGUCCUACCAAUAAUCCGUUACUGGGAUAUGUUAGACCGAAUGACUCCCAAUUACCGAAUCUGUCGACCGCCCGUGGCCCCAGUGCUUCCGGGUUUACAGCCUCUCCACCUACUGCCCAAAAGCAACUGGCCUCACCGACAUCCACGGCAGUGGUGGUCACUGCAUACUCACCAACCAGCCUGCUUCCGUCAUACCCAGCUUACUCGACUGGCGGUGCACCAUGCUCCUAUCAUGCUUCUCAGCCAAUUCAAUCUGGCUUUCUUGGCCAACAUCAUCUCCAGCAUCAUCUUAACGUAUCGCCUCAUACCCACCUUUAUCACACUCAGCAAUUUCCUACUGUCCAACUAGCUCAGACUUCCAGUUCUGGGCACUACAAUUACCAUCAGCACCAUUACUUAAGUACUCAGCCGGCUUCACAAUCAGCACAUGCUCCUCAUAAUAGUACGGGUAUGCGUGCUGCCUCUGCUGUUACCGAUGUCAAUUGUUCCGGGGCACUUCCAACGCCUCUGCAACAAUCCUCUGAGAGUUCUGUCAGGCAGACCAGCUUGAUUGGCCUUACUAGUGGAAAUAUUGCUAGUGGUAAUACCACCAUGGUCCAAAGCCACAAGCCUCUCACAGCUAGCCUCUUGGUUCCAGAAAAUGAGAUUAUCAGUCAAACGAAUAAUCCCAAUUCUCCUGGGGUCUCAACUCAUAUGUCACCGAAUGCAAAUAUCCUUUCUCUGCAGCCCUCUGCUCGUCACUCUUAUUCACCAUCAUCAUCUUCUUCUUCCUCAUCUUCAUCUUCUUCUUUGGCAUCAGCUUCACCUCUUGGACACGUCGAGGAUAAUCCCAUUUCUAAGAAGGCUGAUAAUAUGAGCAAUAUUGACCCAUGCAAAGUCGCUGAUUUCGCCAUAAAUAAAACGUGUGGCCUCACAAGUCAACUAAUUAAUUCUUCCUCAGCGAAUACUCUAACCUCUUCACCUCGGCAGAUUGAUCAUAUCUCUACAACUGCAAUCACUGCGGCACCACCACCACUACUUCUACAUGCUCCUGUGCCCUUACCACCACCUCCACCCUUACCAUCCACUUGGGGAGGGGCAAACUCACCUUCAUCGCCACAAUCCUGGCGAGCCCGCUUGACCAGCUUCAAGUUCUUCCUCGGUUCACCUAGGUUUCAUCGGCGAAAAGCAACCACACUGAGCGGUGCCUCUUCUAGCGGCGAGACACCUCCAGGAAGUCCUCAGUUCACAGGUGGUUUGUCGGAACGAGCAGAUGUUGCGAUUUCUGGCCGAGGGGGACGCUUUCAAAACUUGAAUGGAGCGAGCAGUCGUCCUUCAACAGGCCAGACUCCCGAGGCUUCUCCUUUGUAG